AUUCCAAAACGAUAUCCUCGUAAAAUGAGACGGCGUAGGAAAUCAAAACAACCACGAUUUGUUGAUGAAAAUAAUAAUGAACCAGUUAUAGUUAGUGAUAAAAAUUAUCCAAAUGAAUAUCAAGAUGUCAAUAGUGAGUCUAUUCCUAAAAGUCUUAAUGAUGGUUUGGAGGAAGUUCCAGAAAAUUCAUAUGAAGAAACAAAUAAUAUGGGAAAUAAUAAAGAGCAACCUAAGUUACCAGAAUAUCCUGAAAAUUCUGAUUUAGCCGCUUCAGAUUUUUCAGCCUCAAUAGAUACUGAUGAAGAUGGUAAUUUUGCAAAACCAAGUCCACAGAAAGUGAGAGAUAGUACAAGUAACUCUAAAAAACCCAGGAGAAAAAAACAUAGGAAGAGAAAGAUAAUUCCUACAAAUGUAGAUGCAGAAAAGAGUAGAAAUAUAAAUGAUGAAAAUCCAAUAGAAAACCCUGAGACACAAUCAAAAGACAUUCGAAGGAAUCCCAAGAAAAGGAGACAUAUUAGACGUAUUAGAACAUACAUGAUAAAUAAAACAACAAAUGAAAGAAUACCUAUUGAUGAUCAAAUAUAUUCCACGACAAAUGGGUUACCUGAUGGUCUAAAUAAUAAAUUUGACUCAUCGGAAGCUGAAGAUUCGAUGUUCGAUGAUCCAGAUUCAAAUGCAGAUAAUGAUGUCUAUUCUUCAUUUUUGUUUAAUGAACACAAUGCAGACCAAUGUAAACGUAAUGCGUACGAUAAAUUUAAAAAAGUCACAUCACAAGAUGCUAAGCAAAUUGCAUAUCGAAGUGUUUUAGAUACUAGUGAAAUGCGAAGUAGUAUGUUAGCAACUAUAAAAAAUGCAAUAAGUAGUGUAAAAGUGUCCCAAACAUUCAAUGAUGUUGAUCAAAGUUUACGGACAGUCAGUUACUCACUGAAAACUGGUUUAAAACAAACUAUUAGUGACUUGGUUACAAAAAUAGUUCCGUUAGCUAAUGAUUUUUUGAAAACGACAGAGAAUCUUAAGGAAUUGUAUCAAAAAGGUCCACAGUCUACUCACAAAAUGUUAACAAACAUCUUAGAGAACGAGUCAACCGUUCCAGAUUCAGCAAAAGAUAUAUUAAAACUUAUUUCUCCAGAAUUUAAUGUGGAUGAAUUAGUAAAUAAUAUCUUUGAAAAACCAUGUAAUGCAAAAUCAUUGAAAGAGAAAAAGAAUAAAGCUCAAAGAAAACUUAUCGAACUUUCAAAACACAUGGACACGGCAAUAAGCAACAUUGACUGUUUUGUGCUGUCCACUAUGUCUAUCGUAGGAAUCGGAGCGGACACGUUAAAACUGUUGAAAUCCGGCAAAGUGAUCAUGAGCGAUAAACAUCCCAGGGCAAAAACAUUGAGAGAUGCCGUGGGAAUAAUUGUGGCAGGUAAAAAUAUCAAAAAUAAUAACGUAGGCUUAACACCAACGUUGACACCUUCUAGUGGAACUACUGUAAGUAACGAAGAUGACGAUGAUGAUGAAGAUCCUGACCAAGUUGCUCAGAAAAAUGAAGAAUUUUUAAAAAAUGUACCUGACCUAGACGAUAAUAUACCCAUACAAAAAAAAAUACCAAACAAGCGACAUUCGUUAGGCGUAAUUGUUGUACAUCCGGACAAACAUAUAGAGUACAAAGAAGUAACUGACACUUCACAAUUGAAAAAAUUUGUUGGAGACAAAACGAAAAAAUACAAAUUGCAAUCUAAAAAUAAACAUCCUAAAUUUUUAAAAUUGAAUAGUAAAAAAUUGAUCGACGUUAUGGUUGCGGAUGUGAAGAAAAAGGCUGAGAUAAAUGGAAUGACCAAAAAAGAAAUGAUAGAAGAAAUAAUUAAAAAUUUAAGUAGUAGUUGAACUUAUUUACGACUAUACAUUAUAAAGAAUGUUUUUUUUAUU